UGACAACGCGCCACCUUAUGAAUAUUCAGUUCAUCUUUGCAUCAACAACCACGCCCCUUUCAGCAGGAGAAAGGAAGCUGCUUCUUCGACCUGGCUGAAAAUCUUCCCCUAGAAAGCUCCCAGGGGCCCAGCCCACCAGUAAAGCUGUAUCAGCACCGGGUCGACGGGACAGACGGAAGCGGCGCGUCGUCGUACGGGGAGGUCCGCAGUGACAUCACGAUGAGCUACAAACCCAUCGCCCCUGCCCCGUCCGGCUCCAACCACACCCCGCCAGGCUCCAGUGUGCCUUCCCCCUCACUCCCCUCCUCCUCCAACUUCAGACCGGCGUUCAGUGAUUUCGGCCCGCCGUCGAUGGGCUUUGUUCAGCCAGUGAAAGUGUCUCAGGGCUCAACCUACAGCGAGCUGCUGUCAGUCAUCGAGGAGAUGAGUCGCGAGAUCCGCCCCACCUACGCUGGGAGCAAGAGCGCCAUGGAGAGGCUAAAGAGAGGUAUCAUUCACGCGAGGGCGCUGGUCAGGGAGUGUCUGGCAGAGACGGAGAGGAGCGCUCGCACAUAACCCUUUGCAGAAUCCCCCCCGUCCCUCGUCUCUGUACAGGCCUCAUCUAUGUGUCACGUCUUCGUUAUCCUGACUGAACUUGUAACCUUCCCUUGUUCCAUUCCCUCUUCCAUGUAGUCUCUCACAUCGCCUAUGGGGUGUGUUCAGAGAGUGUAACACAUUUUGCAGUUGUAGGGACAGUUUGCUCUCAGAACAUUCUGUAACUUAUAUCGGUUUCAUAGGCACCACGAGGGCCUGGUAAAUAUUGUCUGAUCCUGGUUGUCCAGUUAGGUGGGGGUGAUGUAAAAUAUUUCUGAUAGAUUAUUGAAAACUACACCAUAAUGAAAUGUUUAUCUGAUGAGUUUGAUACUCAAUCUUUCUCUUAGCUGCUAUACUGACACCACUCAACAACCAAAGGUUCAAUUACACAUUGUUUUACAGUAAGCAACACUUAAGCCUUGUUCACACUGCAGGCCUUAAUGCUCAAAUCAGUUUUGUUUUUCAAAUCCGUUUUGCAAUACUGUCCAAACAGCAAGUUAAGUGACCAAAUCAGAUGUGUGUGUUCAGACAGCAGUCAUUUACUGACAUGGCUAUGCUAGUUGUCAUAGUAAUGGUGGGGUGCGCAUUGGUGUUCGUGCUUGUGCUUCCUAUCACGCAGAAGUCAUGUAGCAAGCAAAGGUGACAAUGCCUGCAAUGGACAUUUCCCAGUUGCUUUGAAUGUUCAAAAUCAUAGUUUAAGAACACUUUAAAAGCCUCAGGAUAAGAUACUCCAACUUUCAAAACAAGUGUUUGGCUAGACACAGCAGUCAACUAACUAGGUAGCUGUUUCUUUCUAGCACAUUCACUCUUAUUUGUAAACGAUUAAUAAGCGAGUUAGUUGGCACAUUCUUGUCAAACUGUCAAGUGUAACUAGCAAGCAACAAGAUAUGCUAAAUAAGUUUUUAAAAACACUUGACGGCAAAUCAAUCAGAUUUGACCUUUCAGACGAGUCGCAUGGCCAGGAAUCAGAUUUGUAUCGGACUUCAAACCACCUACGAAGGUGGCUUAAAAUAUCCUAUUCCAUGUACUAUUUGACUGUUCAGACUGCAGGAAAAACACGUUUUGAAUCGGAUAUGCAAAAAAAAUGUGGACAAGGCUUGACAGCAUCUUGAAAUACCCAGUGCUCUGUUCCACAUGCUACCACCAUACACAGUACACACAUCAAAUCAAACUUUGUCACAUGCGCUGAAUACAACAAGUGUAGACCUUACCGUGAAAUGCUUACAUUUUCUACUGUCAUUUCUGCUCCAUCCUCAUACCAAUGAACUAUUACCUCACUACACACCUGAAAUCAGUUUUGUUAGUAUGGCAAUUUUGUAAACCCAAUUUUUGCAGUUCUGUACUUCAAAAAUUGAAUAAAAUAAAGUUUUCCAAUUAAAAAAACAA